AUGAAGAUCUCACUCAAACUAGUGAUAAGAUCUUUACUUUUUGUCGCAUCGGCUUUGGCCGCUGACGAUCUAGUUAUAAGCCAAAAUACAAUUGUUAGCACUGGUGAUACGUUAAUCAGACAAAACUUCAUUGUAAACAGUGGGGUUUUCUAUUCAAUUGAUUAUGGUAUGACCCACAACUUUUAUAAUGAUAUUACAAUUAACGGCAAACUCUAUAUUACCAACAAGAUUGUUAGGACAGGUAUGACUUGCGAUGUAAUUGGUACUACCGCGAAUAUUGUCAACAACGGGUGGAUAGUUUUAGAUGAUACCAAUGCUACCUCGGCACCAACUUAUGAUUGGUAUGGUGGUUCCUUCGAGAACAACGGUAUGGUGUGGUUUGCUGGAAUUGGUAAUACCGGUGGGUCAACAUUUGCAAUCCAACCAAAGGGUUCUUUUAUUAAUACUGGUACCAUCAUUUUAUAUCAAACCGUUAGAAGAUCUGGUGGAACUUCUCACCUUGGUUUGGAUGGUAAAACCAUUACUAAUGACGGAACUGUUUGUAUCUAUCAAAACAUUUUUUUCCAAGGUUCCACAGUGGAAGGUAAUGGAUGUUUCGAUGUCGGCCUUGACUCAAACUUCUGGGCCACUAAUGUUAAUUCAAGACCUAUGGAAGAAGGACAACUUAUUUACUUGAGUACUAGUACUUCAAGCUUAAGAAUUGAUACGUAUCCUCCCAAUAUCCCUAUCCACAUAGCCGGAUGGGGUAAUAACAAUGUUAUUGGACUUAGCACUGCUAUCAACAGCUUUGAUUACGAUGGAAACAACUUGAGCAUUAGAAGUGGAAGUUAUACCUAUAAACUUGUUAUUGGUCCAGGUUAUGAUCCCUCAUUAAUAAGCAUUGGUUCCGCAGCAUACGGUAGCGGUGUUGGUACAAUAUCAAGGGCCGGUAUCUUAUACUCUGGUCCACCACCAGACGCAAGCAGACCCUCUCAAUGUAAUGAGUGUCCUUCCCCUCCUCGUGCUCCGAUAUCAACUGAAACUCCUAACCCAACCACCACUGUUACUUCUACGUGGACUGGUACUUUCACCACCACGGAAACAUAUACUGAUACUCAGGGUGGCACUGACACAAUCGUCAUUGUGGUUCCAACAGAGUAUUCCUCUACCGAAGAAUCCACUACUGAAGAACCCACUACCGAAGAAUCAUCUACUGAAGAAUCGACUACCGAAGAACCCACUACUGAAGAAUCAUCGACUGAAGUCUUGCCAAACGAAACUACCACUAUUACUUCUACGUGGACUGGUACUUUCACCACCACGGAAACAUAUACUGAUACUCAGGGUGGUACUGACACAAUCGUCAUUGUGGUUCCAACAGAGUAUUCCUCUACCGAAGAAUCCACUACUGAAGAACCCACUACCGAAGAAUCAUCGACUGAAGUCUUGCCAAACGAAACUACCACUAUUACUUCUACGUGGACUGGUACUUUCACCACCACGGAAACAUAUACUGAUACUCAGGGUGGCACUGACACAAUCGUCAUUGUGGUUCCAACAGAGUAUUCCUCUACCGAAGAAUCCACUACUGAAGAACCCACUACCGAAGAAUCAUCUACUGAAGAAUCGACUACCGAAGAACCCACUACCGAAGAAUCAUCGACUGAAGUCUUGCCAAACGAAACUACCACUAUUACUUCGACGUGGACUGGUACUUUCACCACCACAGAAACAUAUACUGAUACUCAGGGUGGCACUGACACAAUCGUCAUUGUGGUUCCAACAGAGUAUUCCUCUACCGAAGAAUCCACUACUGAAGAACCCACUACCGAAGAAUCAUCUACUGAAGAAUCGACUACCGAAGAACCCACUACUGAAGAAUCAUCGACUGAAGUCUUGCCAAACGAAACUACCACUAUUACUUCGACGUGGACUGGUACUUUCACCACCACAGAAACAUAUACUGAUACUCAGGGUGGCACUGACACAAUCGUCAUUGUGGUUCCAACAGAGUAUUCCUCUACCGAAGAAUCCACUACUGAAGAACCCACUACCGAAGAAUCCACUACUGAAGAACCCACUACUGAAGAAUCAUCGACUGAAGUCUUGCCAAACGAAACUACCACUAUUACUUCUACGUGGACUGGUACUUUCACCACCACGGAAACAUAUACUGAUACUCAGGGUGGCACUGACACAAUCGUCAUUGUGGUUCCAACAGAGUAUUCCUCUACCGAAGAACCCACUACCGAAGAAUCAUCGACUGAAGUCUUACCAAACGAAACUACCACUAUUACUUCUACGUGGACUGGUACUUUCACCACCACGGAAACAUAUACUGAUACUCAGGGUGGUACUGACACAAUCGUCAUUGUGGUUCCAACAGAGUAUUCCUCUACCGAAGAAUCCACUACCGAAGAAUCCUCUACUGAAGUCUUGCCAAACGAAACUACCACUAUUACUUCUACGUGGACUGGUACUUUCACCACCACAGAAACAUAUACUGAUACUCAGGGUGGCACUGACACAAUCGUCGUUGUAGUUCCAACAGAAUACUCCUCUGCUGAAGUCUCACCUAACCCAACUACCACUGUUACUUCCUCGUGGACUGGUACUUUCACCACCACAGAAACAUAUACUGAUACUCAGGGUGGUACUGACACAAUCGUCGUUGUAGUUCCAACAGAAUACUCCUCUGCUGAAGUCUCACCUAACCCAACUACCACUAUUACUUCGACAUGGACUGGUACUUUCACCACCACAGAAACAUAUACUGAUACUCAGGGUGGCACUGACACAAUCGUCGUUGUAGUUCCAACAGAAUACUCCUCUGCUGAAGUCUCACCUAACCCAACUACCACUAUUACUUCCUCGUGGACUGGUACUUUCACCACCACAGAAACAUAUACUGAUACUCAGGGUGGCACUGACACAAUCGUCGUUGUAGUUCCAACAGAAUACUCCUCCGCUGAAGUCUCACCUAACCCAACUACCACUAUUACUUCUACGUGGACUGGUACUUUCACCACCACAGAAACAUAUACUGAUACUCAGGGUGGCACUGACACAAUCGUCGUUGUAGUUCCAACAGAAUACUCCUCUGCUGAAGUCUCACCUAACCCAACUACCACUAUUACUUCCUCGUGGACUGGUACUUUCACCACCACAGAAACAUAUACUGAUACUCAGGGUGGUACUGACACAAUCGUCGUUGUAGUUCCAACAGAAUACUCCUCUGCUGAAGUCUCACCUAACCCAACUACCACUAUUACUUCGACAUGGACUGGUACUUUCACCACCACAGAAACAUAUACUGAUACUCAGGGUGGCACUGACACAAUCGUCGUUGUAGUUCCAACAGAAUACUCCUCUGCUGAAGUCUCACCUAACCCAACUACCACUAUUACUUCGACAUGGACUGGUACUUUCACCACCACAGAAACAUAUACUGAUACUCAGGGUGGCACUGACACAAUCGUCGUUGUAGUUCCAACAGAAUACUCCUCCGCUGAAGUCUCACCUAACCCAACUACCACUAUUACUUCCUCGUGGACUGGUACUUUCACCACCACAGAAACAUAUACUGAUACUCAGGGUGGUACUGACACAAUCGUCGUUGUAGUUCCAACAGAAUACUCCUCUGCUGAAGUCUCACCUAACCCAACUACCACUAUUACUUCGACAUGGACUGGUACUUUCACCACCACAGAAACAUAUACUGAUACUCAGGGUGGCACUGACACAAUCGUCGUUGUAGUUCCAACAGAGUAUUCUCCCGUUGAAGAUUACCCUACUGAAGUCUCACCUAACCCAACUACCACUAUAACUUCUUUGUGGACUGGUACUUUCACCACUACAAAAACGUUUACUUACACUCAAGGAGGAUCCGUGACUGUCAUUGUCGCAGUUCCAACAGAGUAUUCUUCUGUUGGCGGUUCCUCUGUCGAGCUACCAGCUGAUAUAACAUUGGGUCAAUCAUCUGCCGUGGUGAUUAAUCCUGGCGUAGAUCUUGAAUCUGAAACCGGGCCCGCUGCUGAGUUUAGUAAGCACAUCAGUGAUCAUGUGCAAUCUCGCUCAAUCCCUGAAGAGUGGUUCACUACUACGGUUACAACAACAGGUCCAAAUGGCGAAGUUUCGACUUAUACAACAGCCGACACUUCAGGUUUUCAAACAAAUGGCGUGGUUCCCGCUCCAUCUAGUAGUUCCACCUACGACUCCACUGGUUCUUCUAAUUCUGAUUCUCUGGCUGAAGAUUUAAAGGAUGAAACAGAUUUGUCAUCUUCAGUAGAUGAGUACGAGGGAUCUGGUGCAACCCUCAUUGGAGCAAGUCUGGUUUACUUUGCUUCAAUCUUGUGUCUUAUUUUCUCCCUCUACGCUUGA